UCAGCCUCACCGCGGGACGAAAAUAAAACCGAAAACGUCAGACAGUCCCCCCCCCCGGACGUCGACAAGACAGGAUUUUUAUUGUUGUUUUAGGCGACCCCAGGCGAGGGCAGUGCUGAAGCGGAAACGGAGGAAGUACACACAUCAACGCCCACAGAAUGGCCAUGUCCAGUUGGAUGAUCCGAAGAAGCUUAAGGCAACGAAUCAGCAAUCGCCCAGCACCGGAAGAUUGUUACCGGCUGGACCCGGACAAAACGUUGCGGGAAAAUGCGACCGACAUCUACACCGGGCUCUUCUCGCAUCACACAACCGUCAACAAGCGGCUCAGCCUGCUGAAUGGGCUGGUAAAGCUGAUCGAUCGGUGGAAGCGUGAUGUUGGGCUGGACAAUGGUGGUGGGCGCGAGUCGGCGGGCCCACAGUCCGUUCGGACGGUUACGGCGCUGUCGGCCGAACGGGACGCCUGUCUCGGGUACACGGUACAGCAGUGGAUAUGUUGCGUCGGUCGCAGCCUCGUACAUCAGCUGCCACAGAUACGGGCGGGAGCAUUGCGCGUUUUGCGCCGUCUACUGCUCGCACCGUGUGAUAUGAGGGAGCUGAAUCGGUUGCAGCUGGCCCAUCUGGUGUGCCGCAGUCUCGACGUGAUGCUGCGCAAUGGCGAGGAGCGAAUACAGGCGCUGAAGUUGGUGCGAAGGAUGCUUGUAGUGGCACCGGACGAACUCCGGCCGGCCAUCGUCCGGUGUCUGGUGGCGCUCUGUGAAAAUGGUGCAGGAGGAUCCGGCCCAGGUGGAGCAGGCAGUGGUCCUGGAGGUGGAGGAGGAGGCGGUGGUGGUCCUGGUGGAGGGGGAGGUGGUGGUGGUGGCCACACAAGUGGAUCGGGUGGAUCAGGCGAGGAUCGGCUGUUGCGCUGCUGUCUUGCAACGCUGUGUGAGAUAGGCGUGCUGAACCCGCUGCUGCUGAUCGAGUGCGGCGGUGUGGGUGUAAUCACACGCAGCGUACUCGAAUGUCACAGUCCGCGUAUCGCGGAAAGCUUGUGUGGCGUGCUGCUGUAUCUGCUGGAGUGGCCACGCACUCGCGACAUUGCCGGCGUGCGGUUGGACUGCUUUGCCGCACCGUACUGUGACUUUACGUACCGCGUCGGCAUCAUGGACCGGUACAAGGAUGCGCGGGAACUGCGCUUCACGUGUAGCCGGCUCGCCUUACUGUCCGUGCUGCGGUCUUGGGCCGGCACGAUCGAAUUCUGCGAUCCGCACCGACCGUCCGGGUUACGGGCACUCAUCGACAUCCUGUACCUGAACCAGCUCGAGAUACGGAAAGCCGUGCUGGAUCUGCUGUACGAGCUGAUUGGGCUGCCCCAGCCCGUUUGGACGGACGAGUACUCGGUGGCGAUGUCGGUGGUCGAUCCAGCCGAGUACCAGGAUGCGUGGCGACUGCACGAAGGUUUCGUAGCCGCGGAAGGUACCGCCAUCCUGCCCAGCCUAGCCGGUGCGGUGCCGAACCUGUGCGAAAUCCAUCUAGCGCUGCUGCUGUACUGUUUCGUCGAGAACGGGCUGCUGAACGCGCUGAUCGAGGUAAUCAUCUCGAGCGAUACGUUCAUCUCGGUGCGCGCGACGAUACUGCUGGCACGCAUCACCCAUCAGCUGCACUGUUUGCUACCGGCGGAAAUAUGCGCCCGCACGCCGACCGCUACCCUGCCCAUGCUCGUUAGGCACGCAAUCGAGGGCAACCAUCAGGCACGGGCUGCCAUUACCGCGCUGCAGCAGCACCAUCUGAUGCUGCAGAAUCGACCCGCCUCCUGCAGCCUGUACCUCGAUUGCAUUAUCCAGAGCGGGGAGCUUAUCAAUACGCGCGCCUUCCGCCGUGAGCUGGUGGCACCGACGCAACGUUCCGACCAGCACGGCAAUGGGUUUGGGUGGGGUGCACCCGGCACGUUCAAAUACGGCACGCUCGAUGGGCUAAAGCGGGUCCGCCACGAUUCGACCGGUUCGAGCGGUGGCGGGGUCGGUGGCGGUGGUGGUAGCAGUGGCCUUGGAGGACUGUUCGGAAAUAUGUUCCCUGGUGGGGGCAGCGGGAGUGGUGGCGCUUACGAAUGGAACACCGGCAACGAAGGGGGGUUUGUGCGGGAUGCAACACGCAGCACCACUGGCCGUACGAGUACGAUGACACGCUUCAUGGCUACGUCCAAGCGCAACGUGCUGCAGCAGCUGUGGGCCAGCCUUACCGAGGGCGAUCGGUUUCUGAAGGAGUCCAACGUGCUCGCCGUCAAGGAUGCCAACAUGUGGGACUGGGACAUUAUCAUCACGAUCCUGCGGUCGGAUUUGCUGGGAAUGAAGCUUGACGAGCAGAAUACACGCUUCGUGCGCCGGAUCGUGGACUAUUUUAAGCCCAGCAACAACCGCUUCUCGCAUCAGGAUUUUGCGCAUCUCAACAGCAACCGACAGAUGCCGUCAUACGUAACCGCCGGGUUGGAGUUGAUCGAUGCGAUGCUGCAAUCGACGGAGCUGGAAUAUAUACGCCUCCUUACGGAUCUGUUCACCGACAUCAGCCGGCAGCUGUUGGCAAUCCAUGCGAAGAAAUCGGCCCACGAAUGUUUGUUCAGCCCGCUGCAUAUGACCGGUACGAUGUGUCAGCAUUACUUCCUGUUUAUCGGGCGCAUGUGUCGGACGGAGGGUGGCCUCGAGAUACUGCGGAACACGGACGUGUUCAAGGAGCUGUCGACGAUCGUGCUGAAGACGAACCAUCUCUGCUACGUUAAGCUGAUCGUGUCCGGUUUGGACUACAGUCUCGAGGCGGAACCGCGCGUAAUACUGGCGAAGGCAUUGCUGCGUCACCCGUCACCGAAGGCCCGGCUGUACGCAACGCAGAUGCUGCGCGUGCUGCUCCGCGCCCGGUUGCCGAACUUUGAGGUGUGGGGCAUACAGCUGAUGCUGAAGCUGGUCACGGCCAUGCUGGGCGAUGGGCAGGCACGUUGCGUACAGAUGGCUGCACUCGAUCUGCUGGAGGAGGCGUGCUACGAGCGGACGUACCUGGAGGAGCUGGCCCACUCCUGGCCACGGCUCGAUCGGCUCGGUCCACGCGGGAAGAUGGUAAUGAUGCGGUUCUACUCGAUACCGCGCGGCAUCAACCAUCCCGAGGCACGCACCGUGCAGGAGCUGGAGCAGUGGGUCACGGUGUACAACGAGCAGUACGUGCUGCUGGUCGAGUCGGACACACACGCCCAUCUUACGCAGCACAUCCGCACCGAGGACGGUACGUACAGCCGGCGGCAUGUGGCGAAUGGUGCACCGGGCGAGAGUACGGCCGCCGGUGCACCGAAUCUAGCACCGCACCUGUACGGCCAGCUCGUCCAAACGAGCAAAGGGUUCUCGCAGCUGCUAAGCCACGGACGGCUGCUGGAGCUCGCCGAACGUCUGCGUGUCGGCCAGUGCAACAACGAGCAGGACUGUCUGCGAUUGAAGGCGGCACUGUGGGCGCUCUGUCAUACCUGCACGAACAAGGAAGCGAUUGAGUACGUGAACGAACAUCUGCCGUGGUUGCUGCCCCACCUUGUACAGCUCGUACGGACCGCGGACGUCUACUCAAUACGGGCGACCGCACUCGGUGGCCUUUGUUUGGUGGCCAGCACUGCCCAGGGCGCCGAUGCGCUGCGUACGAUGGGCUGGGUGGCGGUACGGCACGAUCGCAACACACACUGGCCGGUGAAUGAACCCGGCUGCUGGGAGACGGCCGUCCCGGCGGCGUCCUCCGCCAGCACGAACGAAAGCGAUGGCGAAGGGCCGGGACGGCGGCGACACAGCUUUGCGUCGACCGAGGACGAAAGCACCGCCAACAGUGUGUCCUUCCUUGCGUCUUCCUGUCUCGCUUCGGCGACCGGUGAUCUCUCACCCAUACCGAGCACGUCGCAUCCGGGUAGCGUGGAGCGGGAGGUUAUCAGUGGCCGUAAACAGCACCGACAUCUGUUUCACGUGCGGCGCCCACUGCUCUCCAGCUCGUCCGCGGACAUGACCGACGCGGAAGAUGUGCCGAUGCAGCUGGACACCAGUGAGCGUUUGUUUCCCUUCUUCCGAACGUCCACGGUUACCGAUCCGGUCGAGUACGGUGGAAAGAUCCGAAGCCUCGAUCGGAAGUAUCAUCGACUCAGCCUGCAGCACUACUCCUUGAGCGAAGACGGCCAUUACUCGAGCGUUAAGGCAAAACCGUCCUUUUUUCCUACCCCAUCAAACACACAGGGUCCCUGCUUUAUCGGUAUUUGCUUCCCGCAGGACAUAAUGGAACUGUUUCCAGAACUGGAAAUGAGGCGCCCGCUAACGCUCGGUUCGCUCGUACAGCUGGACCGUAGCAAAAUGCGAUCGAAAGAUGCGGGAAGAUCGAUGAAGGUGAUGAAGCUACGGGUGAAGACCGGACUGGACGCGGACGAAGGCUACACGGUUGAUUACGAGCAGGAGAUGAAGAUGGGUAGUGGACCACCGAACGUCCCAACCGUCACGGAGCGCCCCAGCUCAUCCGCUUCCUCAACGCAGGACGACACGGAACAGAAUGAUGGCCGGCAUCAGGCGUGGUCGUACGAAAAUCACAAUCGCUCACAGUGCGUGCGUUGCUGCCGAAGCAGGCGGGCGGAGGAGCGGUGGAAUCCAGCCGACCUGGACGACACCAAUCGGCCGGUGCUGGAGGAAGCGAUCGCGAACAAUGUACUGCGACACGUGCAGCGCAUGGCGAACCCGGUCUGGAGCAAGCAGUCCCGCAGCGUCCUGCUCGACAUCAAACAGUCCCACCCGGCUGUGUUCCAGGAUGUGUGCCUUUACUCGGAAGUGUGCCGUCUGCUUGGUUGCAACACGUACCGACUCGGUUCGCGCCGCUUUCUGCAGGAGCUGUUUCUCGAUCUCGACUUUUUAGGUCCGUGUAAGGUGACCACACCGGUGGAGGUACCACCGGGCGUGGAGACACCGAAUGUGUCCGCUGCUACCACCUCCAAAGCGCUACACACACCGCUACAAAUCCAAACGCAUAAUCUCCCACCGUUGAGUACGGUACCGAACACGAAGAGUCCGCUGCCGGGUGGGUUGAGUGCGUUUCUGCUGCGCUCACCACCGUUGGCCAGCGUGUACGAGGCGAGUGUGGAAAAUUUGGACGAAAUGUCCACAACGCCGAAACAGCGCGACACGGCACGGCUGGCACAGCAGCAAUCUUUUCCACCGACCGUGCGCGAUCCACCGCGACAGCAAACGGUCAGCGACGAUGAAUCGAUGACGGUACGGUUGCGUGAUCCGCUCGCCACAUCCACGAUGCCACCACCCUCCAUCGCUCACCACCGUCCCCGAUCGAUCGGUGCGCAGAGUGGUACCGCGGCGGUGGAAUCUUCCCGACCCCGCUUCAAUACGCUCGAGCUAGAUUUGAGCUGUUCGCGCAACAAAUUCCCGAUACGGGAUCGCAACAAGCUAGAUUACUCACCGACAACGCCACCGGUCGCGUACGGUACCGGGCCGGGCAGCGGAUACACCCUGCCACUGUCCGCCAGCAGCUCGUCGGCAUCGUUCAUCAGCACCGGCAGUGUGUCCGCCGUUACCAGCCCAACCCAGGGCCUGCCGGGUGCGUCGGCCACCUUCGGCAAUCUGUUCUGCGAGCAACGGUUACGGCUAAAGUCGUCCAAAUCGGAAGCCACCCUUACGAAGAACAAGUAGCAGCAGCCCGUACCGUAUUGUCCCGUCUAGUCAGGAAAGCUGUGGACAGCCCGAUGGAGACACUUGAUUCGUUUGAUUAGUUGUUUAUAUACAUAUAUAUAUAUGUGUGUGUAUGUGUGUUUUAUUUUUAAAGUCAUAUGUUAUCGUAUAUACCAAUGGCCAAUGGGAAACUAGGUGUGGAGCUGUAGCAAUCCAAAGUUACGUUAAUCUGUUCCUAACAAUGCAAAUCCCUGCAAAUCAUACGCUAGAUACACUGCGAUACGUUAGUUCUUUAUUUUUAUGACUUAUUUGUAUUUAAAAGUAGAAGAAGAAGAAAAAAAACGAGGCAGUAAACACACAGAAACAAACAAACCAAUACUUAGCUUGAGGAUAGGCGGGGAUACAUCA